CUGAAAGGUGAUGAAAGAUCGAUGGUCCAGUUUCGAAGUCGGGAAAAAUAGAAAAUUCGAUUCUACCGCGGAUCUGCGCGUCGGAAAAAUUCGAGUAGGCUGCAUUUUUCAGUGACAAAAUAACUUGGUCAACGAAUCAGCGUGGGCGUUAUACUUACGAUCCAAGAUGAAGAGAGAACGAUUUACGAAACUGGAACCGCCUACCUAGUCGAAUGCUCUCCAACCUGACCGAAGAAGACGAAUAAACGAAGUCUCUGAGCCUCGACCAUGCCGUUCAAUUGUGCUUAUGUAAAUCGUGAUAUUAUGUUACUAUAAUAGAGGCGCGUAAAAGGCGAAUGUUACGACAAUAACUGCCGUUAUUAUUCUUGCGUCAAGCCGAAAUUGUUGCGUGUGUGUGUGUGUGUGUGUGUACCUCCUCAUCGCUGGCGUAUUGGAUCGACUUGUGGAGCAGAAUUAAGAGUGAAAAAUCACCGUGCAUUGUCAGACUUAUUACACUUUACGUAACGAUGAAUUACUGCGAAGUAAGCUUCGUCGAUCUUUACCGCUGAGGCUAGAGUAAUUGGGCUGAAAGAUUAAUUGAAAAUCGAAUCACGUUCAUUCGAAAGCUGAGUGUACUUCGCGUCUGAUAAUUCGUGAGCAACAUCCUAUUUCGAAAACUGUAGUGCAACAUCCUGUGAGUCGUUUUAAUAUCUUGAUGGAUCGGUAAAGGUUAUUCGCAGGCCAGUUUGCGGUCAAGUUUUACACUGCGCAAGAAAAAUGAAGCCCUGGAAGCAACUGGAUAUUUCGUUUCGUCUUUAAUCAGUUGCUACAGAGAUAAAAUAGCAGCAGGUUUCAUUGCAGAACAUGUGUGGAAAUUAAGGAUGCGUGGCAACAAAAACAAAACGAAGGACUUGGCCUCUCGAUUCGACCGAUGAAAAAGAAAAAAGAAGGGUUUCCGAGGAUGCAACAUCUCGCAAAACGGGCAUUUAAGUACAGGAUGUAUCGAGUGUGUUUGGUGAUGUGCGUUGGCCUUGCGGCUGCGCAAAACAUCUACGACAACCUGGAGACCAGGUCGGGAUCGUACUCGCAAGGGAAACCCGGUGGCAUUGGUCCUCUGUUCACUUCCGGUCUCAGUGCCUCGCAGAAUUAUCGGGACAACAGUUACGAGGAUAACGCUGUGACUCCCACUCCGUCGCCAACUCCAACUCUCUACAGAACUGCAAGUCCACAGAUCUAUCGCAAACCCACCGCUGCGCCGAUAGAUGCUGCUAGAGAUUAUCAGCAUCAGGCACCCGUUAGAGUUCCUCCCCAACCGCAACGUCAAAGAAAUCCACCCCAGUUUCAAAACUCCCCUGAGCAGCGACCCGAAGCCGAGGAAAUAGAGGAGGAGAAGGAGGAGGAGCCUGACCGUCUAAGCAUCCUUUUGCAACAGAGUAAAUUCGGCUGUUUGAACAAGCAGACCGGUUACUACGCCGACGAGGAAUUGAACUGCGAGGUCUUCCACUACUGUCAAGACAACGCUAAGUUCUCGUGGAUAUGUCCCGAGGGAUUCACCUUCCACCAGGUUCACCUCAUCUGCAUGCCUCCCAGCGGUGAUAUUACCUGCAAAAAGAGUUCCCAAUACCAUUUCGUCAACGAAUAUCUCUACAAGCCCCUGAAUCUCGCUGAAGCCGAGAAUAAACCCAACGUGACACUGCGGUACAGCGAAAGGUACUAUCCGGCCGACAUCUACGCCGAUGAACGAGAGGAGUCCGAGUACCAGGUUACUUCACCCACACCUGCUCCCGUCGUUCGCCGUCCAACUCAACAGGUAUUCUUGCCCCAGCACGGCGGACCGAUCAAUGCCCUCGCCCAGGGAAGACCUCAGCAGCAAAUUCCUGCCCAAUUUCGCGUACCGGUUAACCAAGUGUUUCGCAGCCCCGAAGAAGUCAACAUACCACUUCAGCAGAGACGACCUCAACCACCGCCUCAGCAGCAGCAGCAACCUUUGAGAAGGUUCCCACAAGUCAGACCCGACGAAGAGGAUUACGAGUAAAUUGCGAUUUGGGUCUGAUGCAUUUUCUGUACUGCUCACCUUGAACUCCAGCGAAGAUUAGAGCGAUAUUGUUGACAGUAGAGAAUUGGCGUCUGUUUCAUUGCCGAGGUGUUAUGAGGGUUGAGAAAUAAUGGUAUCAUGUUUUGAAUGGUAGAAAGGUUUUAUUUGGUGCAACUCAGUUGAAAUUCCAACUCUUGUUGUGCAUUAUACAUUGUAGGACAGGAAUGCUCGCAGAAAUUGUGACAUAAACUAAUUUAAAUUAUAUGCUGUCGGUGAAAUCGAUUCAUUUAGAAACGAUAAUUUCAAUGUCGAAAUUCGGAACGGAUGCAGCGAACUGCCAACGUCAACGUUAUAAAGUCGAGACGAGUUUGUAUGAGAGAAUAUUAUAAUUGUAUAUAUAUUUAUCAGUGAUAAUUAGAUAAUACGCGUACGACGUAAUGUAUUUUAUAUAGAUAUACUUGAUAUUGUAAACUUACGUAAUUAACCAAUAAAUUGUUAUUGCGUUAUUUUUAA